UAGUCAAAAACGGUUUAAUUCUGCCUACUCGACGUUUUCCACGAAACACAGGGAGUGUCGUUCAGAUGCGCUGACCUUCGUUUUGAUGCACAACGCACAACAAAGCAUCAAAUUGACGGCUGCCCCAUUUUCACAACAAUCUUUGGAUUUGUUGUUAUAUUUGUGGAAUGUAUUCCUUAUGAUAUAUCUUCAAAAACAGUAAUUUAGCUGGUUGUGUAAAGUGUUACGUAUGUGGAAAGUAAAAUGAGAAUGGCAUCAGUGACUACGCAAACAUCGUCUGGUGUGUGUUACAAUACGACAGCAAAGACUUUCUUUUUAACUUCUAGGCUAGUGUUAGUGCAACAGAGGAAAUAAUUACUCCCGAAAUUUUAUAAUCAAGAUGAAUGAGAGGGAAAUUCCAAGUGUCCCUAUUACAACUUUGGCAGGAGUAGCCAGUUUGACGGAUUUAUUACCAGUGCUGCCUCUUCCCACCCCUCUACCAUCAACCCUCAACAAUAAGUCUCAGUUGUUUCACCCUCGAGUUGCUGAGGAAGCAGCAAUAUUACUUGCUACUAGAGAUGACAAUUUGGUUACCCUUCUUUUGCAGUCGCUUAUGAAAACCUCUGUGGAGCAUAUAGAUCUUAAGGAGGAAAGCAUACCCAAUGCAAUAAGCCCUGCUCCUCAACAAGCUACACCAGAGCUGCUGAAAGCAAUAUUACAUGUAAAUCCUAAUGUAUUUGACCAACAACAGAGAAACCAUUGGGGUAAUCAUGUCACCUCAAAGUUUAAUGGAUUAUCACCAUCUGCCUCAUACAAUUACCCAGCACACAAUACUGCUCAUUCAAGCCCAUCUUCAGUUGGAACACCAGUUCAAUCGGCAGCCAUUCCAAAUCAGCAACUACUAGCCCCGCCAUGCCAGUCCUCACCACACGUCAACAUGGGCUCCCCACCAUCACAAGCCAGGCCUGGAAGCCAAGUGAACAUCACUGCACAGAACAAUGUGUCUCCUUUAUGGAAUAGUGCUAAUUCUUCCACGUAUACAAGUCCCUUGUCCAACACAUCCAGUUCCAACCCCCAAAAUGGUGGUUUCUAUGGAAGUCUGACCCAAGAGAACCCAAGUUUUGGUACAAACUUAUCUGAAGAUAAAGAUCCUCUUGCUAUGUCUCCUGGGAAUAUGCCUGACCAGCAGAGAUUAAUGAUACAAUCUCAGGAAAAGCCAUUUGAACAAGAUGGAAAUGUGGUAACGGGCCAGUCCCCCGCUCAAGCAAGUGUGGCGCCGUCGCCACUGCGCCAAGAACCCCAAGUGCCUCAGCCGUCGAUGGGCGCGCCGUACGCUCCGCAGCAGUUACCACAUAAUCCCAAUCAAGAUAGGCAGGACUCUAAAAAUAGUACUGUCAUAAAUAACAGAUACCCUGUUGUCAAACUCGGCAGAUUACCUGAAGGGUUGUUAAAAAGGCAUGAGACGCCGGGUGACGAAAGGACAAGAAAAAAUAGUACAAUGGAAUCAGAUUCUGAUGACAAUGCUCCUUUGAAGCCGAAAUCGUCAAAUGUUACUCCAUUCGUAGACAAGGAAAGAGAAGCAAUAGAUUUAGCUAGAGAGAAAAAUUGGGAAGCUGUCAAAAGGAAACAUGAAGAAGCAAGUAAAAAAGAGGAAUGUGAAACAGCAAUUGUACGGCCCAAACUGCGGAAAGUUGAACGAAGAUUAGUACCUGUGUUGGAGAUGUUAUCAGUAGACGAACUUAUGGAGACGAAUACUUAUCAACGUUUCAACAAACUAAUAGAAACAGUUUUUGAAACUAUAGAAGACGAUAUAAUUGUGACUGAUGAAAUGGAAGGAACAGACAUUCCCGAAGACUUGUUGCUGCCGCGGUACCAACUCCAGGAGCUGUGUACGGAAGCAGCGAAGCUGAAGAACCUCGGUGCUAUGGAAGCCAUUCCUUCCGACCGGCUGGUGCGAUUGUUGUCCAUACUGGAGAAGAAUAUACGCGCCGCAGAAAAGAUGUCGUUAGCUGGCGACCCUGAGGAUAGCGAAGAGAUGCGUCAGAUAUGGCUGGAGUCGGCCCUGGAGCGAGUCAUGUGCGCCUCCGACUCGUGCCUCACGGCGCUCUACAUCAUGACGUCGCCCAGCAUGCCCAAGCGCAUAUUCCUCGAGGACGUCAUCGACCGCAUCAUAAUGUUCAUCAAAUUCCAGCUGAAUAAUACCAUUUAUUGCGUCUACGAUCCGGUCUACAGCAUUCAGACUACUUCUAAGAAGAAAGUGGACGGGCGCAAACGGCGCGGCGGCGGCGCAGGCAACGCGUCGCGGCGCUCGGGCGGCUCCACCAAGGCCGUGCGCGAGCUGUACACGCACGCGCACGAGUGCGUCACGCUGCUGGCCGAGUUGCUCGGCGCGCACCACCUCACCGACACCACGGUGCUGCACGCCUCCACCGUCGGCGUGUCGCCUUUCUUUGUUGAAAAUGUCAGCGAGCUGCAGCUCUCCGCGCUCAAGCUCGUCACCACGAUUUUUACAAAAUACGAACAACAUCGAAGACUGUUACUAGAGGAUAUCCUGGCGUCAAUAGCGCGCAUCCCCAGCUCCAAGCACAACCUGCGCUCGUUCCAGCUGAGCUCCGACCAGCACAUCCAGAUGCUGACGGCGCUGGUGCUGCAGCUGGUGCAGUGCGUCGUCACGCUGCCCGAGAACUUGUGCAAAACUCAAGACAAGGACAAGGAGCUUUCGGAAUCUAACAAAAAGACCGUGGACAAAGAUCUGUUGAUUAUAUCCAAGUACGAGGCAGCGAUCAGCGUUGGCGGCACGUUCCUGACGUCGUUCCUGAACAAGUGCCGCAGCCGCAACGAGGAGGUGGACUUCCGGCCCCUGUUCGAGAACUUCGUGCACGAUCUGCUCACCACCGUCAACAAGCCCGAGUGGCCCGCCACCGAGUUGCUGCUUAGUUUACUUGGAACGAUGCUUGUAAAAUACAUGUCGGACAAGUCGAUGGAGAUGUCGGUGCGCGUGGCGUCGCUGGAGUACCUGGGGCUGGUGGCGGCGCGGCUGCGGCGCGACAGCGUGACGUCGCGCGCCAAGCUCGCCACCAUGGACGCCGUCGUGCGCGACAUCCGCGCCGAGGAGGAGAAGGACGGCAACCAGGGCGGGAACGUCACCGCGGGACUGGAUGAGGACGAGGAGAGGACGGAGUUUUUACAACGCGUCCUCCUCGACUACCUCGCGGUCAACGGCCAGAAAGACCAGGCUUGGAACUGUGCGCGGCACUUCUACAUCACGCAGUGGUACAGGGACAUGGUCGUGCAACCGAAAAGCUCCUCGCCCACCAAGAAACCUAAGCACAAAUCGAAGAAACGGCACAAAAGCGACACGAGCGACGAGGACUCCGACGACGACGACGAUAGCGACGCCGAAACGAAAUCGGAAAGGAAAGUCACCAGCGCUAUAGUCUCGGCGGAGAAAUUCAAGACGAUAGAGCGGCGGAAAACAUUUUUUCUCGAAAAAAUCAGGCCGUUCAGAUACCAAGGCGGCACUCAAGUACAAGUUAUGCAAUCUUACAUAGACUACGGCGGAGCGGAAUUGAUCUCGCAAUACUUAGCGUCGAAGCGGUCGUUCUCGCAGAGCUUCGACCGGUAUCUACGAAAGAUACUGGUGAUUCUCUGCGAGAACACGAUCGCAAUCCGCACGAAGGCGAUGAAGUGCCUCGCCAACAUCGUGGAGGCGGACCCGGGCGUGCUGGCGCGGCAGGACAUGCAGAUCGGCGUCAACCGCUCCUUCCUCGACCAGUCCACGGCCGUGCGCGAGGCCGCCGUCGACCUCGUCGGCAAGUUCGUGCUCAGCCGGCCCGAGCUCAUCGACAAGUAUUAUGGAAUGCUCUCCAAUAGAAUCUUAGAUACGGGCGUGUCCGUGAGGAAACGUGUAAUAAAAAUCUUAAAAGACAUCUGCACAGAGUGUCCUGAAUUCCCUAAAAUCCCAGAGAUCUGCGUGAAGAUGAUCCGGCGGGUGAACGACGAGGAGGGCAUCCGCAAGUUAGUGAUGGAGGUGUUCCAGAACAUGUGGUUCAGCCCGUGCCCGGCGGGGCGCGCGGCGGCGCUGGACGCGGCGGACCCGCUGACGCGCAAGGUGCUCAACAUCACCGACGUCGUCAUCUCCUCGCGCGACAUGGGCCUCGAGUGGUUCCAGCAGCUGCUCAUGAGCUUGUUCAAACCGAAAGAGGACAAAGAUGACUCCACAAAAAUAAUAUAUCAACCGCCUAAAUCGCUUUUAGUAGCCUGCCAACAAAUCGUUGACUGCCUUAUUGAGAGUUUACUACAGUUAGAAGAAACCAGUGCUGAAGGGAGUGGAUCAUCUCAAAGGAUACUUGCGUGUCUUUCCACUCUGCAUUUAUUCGCUAAAAUUAGGCCACAACUAUUAGUUAAUCACGCCUUGACUCUACAACCGUACCUGAGUUUAAAAUGCCAGAACCAAUACGAGCAACAAAUAACGUCGACGGUGGCGUCGACGCUGGAACUAGUGGUGCCGCUGAUGGAGCACCCGAGCGAGGUGUUCCUGGCGCAGCUGGAGGAGGACGCCGUGAAGCUGAUCCUGCAGCGCGGGCAGCUCGUCAUCGCCGCCUGCAUCGCGCUGCUCGCCGCCAUCGUCAACAACCUCACGCGCAACUACAAGCUCAUCCGCGACGUGUUCAACAAGUACCACGGAAUACUUUUGCAAUGGAAGUCGAGUUGGCAGAGGAACCCUGACAUAACGCGCACCCUGCACGCGAGGCCCCAGUUCCGGCGGUCGCUCUUCAUAGUGGGCCUGUUAUUGCGAUAUUUCGACUUCACCGACCCCAAAGUCAUUGAUGGCCUUGCAAUUGAUAUCAAAGAACAAUUGUUCACAACGUUGAUGUUCUUUGUGGGACUAGAAGAUGAAGAUUUCGUGUCUCAUACACUUAAAGCGCUGGGUUCCGUCUGCGUCAGGCAUUACGAGUUCAUGCUGAGGCCAGAACUUAAAGAGUUCUACCAUCAGCUCCUAACUUCUGACCUCGCGCCCAUAGAAAUGAAAGCGGAUGUGCUCAGGAAUGUCGAAAUGUAUUUACAAGAGGAGGAACAGAGAAUGAUCAGACAGGACAAGGAAUGGUCGAAACGAUCAAAACUAGAGAACCUGAAGGAGAUGGGUGACGUGUCGUCGGGCAUGGCGUCGACGGUGAUCCAGCUGUACCUGAAGGAGAUCCUCGGCGCCUUCCUGCACCCCAGCACGCUCGUGCGCUCCAGCGCCAUGAAGGUCGUGCAGCUAGUGCUCGCGCAGGGCCUAGUGCACCCCGUGCAGAUUGUUCCAUAUUUGAUCUGCAUGAGUACUGACUUAGAAGUAACAGUAUCUCACGCAGCGGACAAAAACCUACAAGAAAUAGAUAAGAAAUACCCUGGGUUCAUCCACAUGAAGGCGCAACUUGGCAUCAAGCUGUCUUAUCAGUUACAAAAAAUAAUUCAGACUAGCGCCAAGAAUGAAGUCAUUCGAGGAUUUAGGAAAAAAGAUCAAGACGAACUGCCUUCGUCUCUGAAUGGAUUUUUAUAUUCAUUAUUACGUAAUACGCGUCCGCAAAGGAGAGCGCUGGUUUUAUCAUUACUUAAGCAAUUUGACGAUGUUUCCACUGCGCCUUUGGAUCAAAUGUUGUACCUGGCAGAUAAUUUGAGUUACUUCCCGUAUCAAGUACAAGACGAACCACUUUUUAUAAUUCAUCACAUUGACAUCAUCAUAUCUACGUCUGGAUCAAACUUACUACAAGUUUUUCGUGAGGGUCUGGUGAGCACAAACGCAGAGGAGAAGGAGGAAGAGGAGGAGGACGAGGAGGAAGCGGAGGCGCUGGUGGCGCGGCUGCCGGCGUGCACGCGGCCGCUGGCCGACGCCAUGCGCCAGGCGCGCGGCUGUCUGCUGCUGCUCGUGCUCAAGCAGCACCUCAAGCAACUCUACGGCUUCACCGACGCAAAAAUCAACCAAUACUCGCCGUCGGAGAGCGUAAAGGUGUACGAGAAGGCGGUGUCGCGGCGGCAAGCGCCGGUGUUCGAGCCGCGCGCCACCAUCGCGCAGCUGCGAGAUGCGCCGCAGGACGACGAGCUCGACGAGCGCGGUCGCCGCCGGCUGGUCGACGAUUACCUCGAGUUCAAGCAGCUGAUGCUGAAAUUCGACCCCGAAGAGGAGGAGGACGAGGAGUUCACGCCGAGCGGGGCGGCGGCGGCGGCGGGCGGUACCGCGGCGGCGCCGGCCGAGAUAUUAUAG